AUGCACUGUUCAGUAGUGUUAGCAUUAGUGAUUAUUUGUGGUUUUCGAAACAACUUAGUGACUACUCAUGAAGACCAUAAUCCAGAUUAUUGGAAUCAACAGGCUCAUGAUCUGCUAUUCGAGAAGAAGGAUUACACAAUGCAAAAGAUUAAUAUUGCCAAGAACAUUAUGAUAUUUGUAGGGGCCGGAAUGUCACAGGCAACCAUCACUGCAGCCAGAACAGUGAAUGGAGGCGAAAACGCAACGUUUGCUUUCGAAAAGCUUAAAUGGAGUGGCAAUGCAAGGACAUAUUGCGUUGAUAGUCGGGUGCCGGAUGAGGCCUGUGCUAGCACAGCAUUUUUGACCGGAGUGAAGGGGAAUCUGGGCACAGUGGCUGUCCAUCCGACGGUUAAUAGGGGUGAUUGCGUGGCAGUCAGUGACAAAGCGAAACAGCUCGAAUCUAUCGCUAAGUGGGCUCUGGAUUCCGGAAAAGUAGUCGGUCUAGCCACAACAUCUCGUGUAACUGCCGGUUCAAAUGCCGCACUGUAUUCAAACUCCGGUGAUAAGGAUUGGGAAAACGACGCAGCAGUCUUUAAAGCUGGAUGCCGCCCUGACGAGGUCAAGGACAUAGCUUAUCAGCUAGUCCAUGGAGAUAUUGGGAAACAAUUUAAGGUUAUUUUGGGUGGCGGCAGAAAAAAUUUUAUUCCAACCACCGAAACCGACAAAAGUGGUGCUCCUGGUUUGCGUACCGACGGUAAAAAUCUUAUCGAGGAAUGGAAACAGUCCAAAGCUGGAAACCCUGUUUACAUAACUACUCUGGCUGAACUGGGGGCGCUGAACACGACUGACAUUGACUAUCUCCUGGGUCUAUUCGACUACGACCGAUUACCGUAUGCGGCUGACAUCGGCGAGGGUCAAAAUGAGGACACUCCUCCGCUAGUCAGGAUGGUCCACUACUCGUUGGAGAUGCUACAGAAAAAGCAACACACGGAGGGCUUUCUGUUACUGGUGGUUGAUGGAAACAUUCAGGAGGCUCAUCGUGAGAAUAAACCGUAUAAAGCAUUCGAACAAGUGAAACAUUACUCCAUGGCGAUCAACAUGGGCGUCAUGAUGGUUUCGGAGACAAACACGCUCGUGGUGUCAAUGAAUGAUGUUGGUAGCACACUGGCGAUUCCUGGAUAUCCGGCCUGUGGUACCGACAUUCUCACCGCGGCAGGUACAAGCGACAAAGAUUCGAAACCUUACCUUAGCCUUUCCUACGCAACCGGGCCAGCGUAUGACUCCUAUUAUCAACAAACAGAAGGUCGCCUAAAUCCGCUGACAGUGCUGCAGGGCACGGCUAUAAAGAAGGAGCAAAUGUGCAGCGCUGCCGUACCGAUGAGCGCGGGAGUGAACGGCGGGGAGGACGCUUCCGUCUAUGCCAGUGGACCGUGGGCGUUCAUGCUGUCCGGCGGAUAUGAGCAAAACUUUAUCGCGCACGCUAUCUCUUUUGCAUCCUGUAUUACGGAUGUUUGUGAUGGAGUUUCCAGUGUCGUCAUCUCUACUUCCGUGAUAGUAUUCGCACUCAUCGUAAAGUUACUCGCUUAA